GCGCCUGCGCCUUGGCGAGCUCUGCGCAGGCGCAUUUCCAACGCUUGGAGGAGAGGGCGGGGUGUCGUUUCCUUUCGCUGAUGCAAGAGCCUAGUGCGGUGGUGGGAGAGGUAUCAGCAGGGGCAGCGCUGCCGCCGGGGCCUGGGGCUGACCCGUCUGACUUCCCGUCCGUGCCGAGCCCACUCGAGCCGCAGCCAUGUCUGGAGACGAGAUGAUUUUUGAUCCUACUAUGAGCAAGAAGAAAAAGAAGAAGAAGAAGCCUUUUAUGUUAGAUGAGGAAGGGGAUACCCAAACAGAGGAAACCCAGCCUUCAGAAACAAAAGAAGUGGAGCCAGAGCCAACUGAGGACAAGGAUUUGGAAGCUGAUGAAGAGGACACUAGGAAAAAAGAUGCUUCUGAUGAUCUAGAUGACUUGAACUUCUUUAAUCAAAAGAAAAAGAAGAAAAAAACUAAAAAGAUAUUUGAUAUUGAUGAAGCUGAAGAAGGUGUAAAGGAUCUUAAGAUUGAAAGUGAUGUUCAAGAACCAACUGAACCAGAGGAUGACCUUGACAUUAUGCUUGGCAAUAAAAAGAAGAAAAAGAAGAAUGUUAAGUUCCCAGAUGAGGAUGAAAUACUAGAGAAAGAUGAAGCUCUAGAAGAUGAAGACAACAAAAAAGAUGAUGGUAUCUCAUUCAGUAAUCAGACAGGCCCUGCUUGGGCAGGCUCAGAAAGAGACUACACAUACGAGGAGCUGCUGAAUCGAGUGUUCAACAUCAUGAGGGAAAAGAAUCCAGAUAUGGUUGCUGGGGAGAAAAGGAAAUUUGUCAUGAAACCUCCACAAGUCGUCCGAGUAGGAACCAAGAAAACUUCUUUUGUCAACUUCACAGAUAUCUGUAAACUUGGUUCUAUAGAUGGUAAUAACCAACUUGUAAUCAAAGGAAGAUUCCAACAGAAACAGAUAGAAAAUGUCUUGAGAAGAUAUAUCAAGGAAUAUGUCACUUGUCACACAUGCCGAUCACCGGACACAAUCCUGCAGAAGGACACGCGACUCUAUUUCCUACAGUGCGAAACUUGUCAUUCUAGAUGUUCUGUUGCCAGUAUCAAAACCGGCUUCCAGGCUGUCACGGGCAAGCGAGCACAGCUCCGUGCCAAAGCUAACUAAUUUGCUAAUCACUGAUUUUGCAAAGCUUGUGGAGAUGUGGCUGGACAGGUUUGCCAUCAGAGUGGAUAUACCGUUGUAUUAAAAACAAGAUAAAAAAGCUGCCAAGAUUUUUGGCGAGUGGUUGGUCUGAAGUCCUUGCAAGACGCUGAUGCUCAAGCUGUUGACAUACUCAUUGCCUACUUUAACACCUGUCAGAGAAACGUGAUAUGGGGUAAGGAGGUGCUUUUUUAAAAUCGUUCAUAGACUUCUGUAAAAUGCAAGAUAAAUUAAAGUUAUUAUAACAGUGAUUCUUUCAA